UGCUCAUCGAUGGCGUGGACACGUCCGCCAUGACGCGCGAUCAGCUGGAGGCGUUCUCGCUGCGCCUCAAGGCCGAGAUGGACCGGGAGCGCGAGGAGCGCAACUACUUCCAGUUGGAGCGCGACAAGAUACGCACCUUCUGGGAGAUCACGCGCCAGCAGCUGGAGGAGGCCAAGUUCGAGCUGCAGCAGAAGGACAAGGAGAUCGAGGCCACCCAGGAUCUGGCGGACAUCGAUACCAAGCACAUCAUGCAGCAGAUGAAGCAUCUGCAGUUCGAGAACCACAGCAAGCUGGGCGAGGUGCGCGCCGAGGCGAUGACCCAGCUGAAGGUCGCCCAGGAGCACCAUGUGCAACAGGAGCUGGAGCUGCAGAUGGACAAGCGUCAGCUGCGCCGCGUCGUGCGCGAACGCACCGAGAUGAGCGACAUGCAGCAUCGCCAGCUGGAGUUGCACUUCAACCAGCAGCUGCUAGAGCAGCGUCUGCAGUUUGAGAGCGAGCGCAAGGACAACGAUCGCCUGCACGACGAGAAGAUGCGGGAGCAGCGCAACAAGCUCGAGCUGUUCUUCAACGCGCAGAUGUUCGAGGUGGAGGAGCGCAAGAAUCAGCAGAUCAAGGACCUGCAGGACCAUCACGAUCUGGCAUUCAACGACAUGAAGAACUAUUAUAACGACAUCACAUUGAACAACCUGGCCCUGAUUGGCAGCAUGAAGGAGCAAAUCGAGCAGCUGCGCCGCCAGACCGAUCGCAGCGAUCGCAUCGCCGCCGAGGCAAGCAGUGAGAGUCGCCGGCUCAAGGAGCCGCUGGAGCACGCCAAGACCCAUCUGAAGGAGCUGCAGCGCAAGCUGGAGUUCUACGAGCGCGACAAGCUGCAGCUGGCCCGCCUCAAAAAGAGCAACGUCAUACUGGAGAAGAAGGUGAAGAACCUGAUGUGGGAGUCGGAGACGCUGCUGCUGCGCAACGAUGCUCUGGUCAACGAGCGGGCCAAUCUGAAGGCGCGCUUCAACGAGGUCAUCGUCGAGCUACAGCAGAAGACGGGCCUGAAGAACGUGCUGCUCGAGCGCAAGAUUGCGGCUCUGCUGCGCGAGGACGAGAAGCGCAGGAUCAUUCUGCGCAGGACGAUCGCCGCCUGCGCCGACGACUCCCCCGGUAAGCUGGAGAACGUGGAGAAGACCGUCAGCGAUGUGAUCGACGCCAAGAAUCAGACCAUCAUCGAUCUGCGCUACGAGGUGGCCAAGGCCUGGAAGGCCCACGACGAUCUGCUCGAGACCUACGAGUGCAAGCUCAAGCAAUACGGCAUCCCAACCGACGAGCUCGGCUUCGAGCCAGUACGCGAACGGGCCACCAAGCAGCUCUACAUCUGCGGACCCGCCGGCAUUGUCACCGAGAACAAGUAAAUGCCGAGACACGCCCACCAGCCC